AUGGCAUUCAGGAAGGCCCUCAAAAGAACGGCUAUCAUAGGUGGUGGGGCUGCCGCCACCGUUUUUGGUCUGUCACAGCUCAUAGAGUAUCGGAAAAAGCAGGUCCGGUUAGCUCACAUGGCAGCAGAAGCAAAACUGAAGGCUCCCUUUGCAGAUGAGCUUCCUUCCAGACAGGCGCAGCUUGCGACACUGAAAAGCAAAGACUUUGACGUCCUAGUAAUUGGAGGCGGAGCCACUGGUGUCGGAUGUGCCUUAGAUUCAGUCACACGCAACCUUAACACUGCUCUUGUCGAGAGGAAUGACUUCUCCUCAGGGACGAGCAGUCGAAGCACCAAGCUUAUCCACGGUGGGGUGCGCUACCUCCAAAAGGCCAUCAUGAAACUAGACUAUGAGCAGUACAUGAUGGUGAAAGAGGCCCUCCACGAGCGAGCCAACCUCUUAGAGAUUGCACCUCACCUAUCAGCGCCACUCCCCAUCAUGCUUCCUGUUUACAAAUGGUGGCAGCUUCCGUAUUAUUGGGCUGGCAUCAAGAUGUACGACCUUGUAGCCGGGAUCCAGUGUUUAAAGACCAGUUACGUCCUCAGUAAGACCAAAGCACUGGAGCUCUUUCCCAUGCUGAAGAAAGACAAGCUGGUGGGAGCUAUCGUCUAUUAUGAUGGACAGCACAAUGAUGCCCGAAUGAACUUGGCCAUCGGCCUCACUGCGGCCCGCUACGGUGCUGCCAUAGCUAACUACACUGAGGUGGUUCACCUGCUCAAGAGUAAGGACCCUCAGACCGGUAUUGACAAGGUUUGCGGGGCGCACUGCCGGGAUGUGCUCACAGGAGAGGAGUUCGACAUUAAAGCCAAAUGUGUGAUCAAUGCCACUGGGCCUUUCACGGACUCAGUGAGGAAGAUGGAUAGCCAGGAAAGCCAAAACAUCUGCCAGCCCAGUGCCGGCGUGCACAUUGUCAUCCCCGGUUACUACAGCCCUGACAACAUGGGCCUGCUGGAUCCCGCCACAAGCGAUGGCCGAGUCAUCUUCUUCCUGCCUUGGGAGAAGAUGACCAUUGCUGGAACUACAGACACUCCCACCAACGUAACAGCCCACCCCACCCCUGGGGAGGAUGACAUCAACUUCAUCCUAAGAGAGGUCCGCAACUAUCUCAGCCCAGACGUGGAAGUAAGACGGGGUGACGUGUUGGCAGCUUGGAGCGGAAUCCGUCCCCUAGUGACAGACCCAAACUCCAAAGACACUCAGUCCAUCUGCCGUAAUCACAUUGUCAGCAUCAGUGACAGUGGAUUGGUCACCAUUGCAGGGGGAAAGUGGACCACUUAUAGAUCCAUGGCUGAAGAGACUUUGGAUGCCGCCAUUAAAGCACACAACCUCCCAGCUGAGGAAUGCAAAACUGUGGGUCUGAUGUUGGAAGGUUCCAAGGGCUGGACGCCAACACUUUACAUCCGGCUAGUGCAAGACUACGGCUUGGAGCAGGAAGUGGCGCAACAUUUGACCUCUACGUAUGGAGGUAAGGCAUAUGACGUGGCCAAGAUGGCACAUGUCACGGGGCAAAGAUGGCCGAUCGUCGGGAAAAGGCUGGUGUCUGAAUUUCCAUACAUUGAGGCUGAGAUAUUAUACGCUAUAAAGGAGUACGCGUGCACCGCCAUUGACAUCUUAGCCCGGCGAACGAGACUAGGCUUCCUGAAUGUGCAGGCAGCUGACGAGGCCCUCCCACGCAUUGUACAGAUCAUGGGUAAAGAGUUGGGCUGGAGCCAGGAACGCAAGACGACUGAGCUGGAAGCCGCGAAGAAGUUCUUGUAUACUGAAAUGGGCUACCGAUCUCGCUCUGAGCAGUUGAACAAGACAUCUGAAAUGACUCUGGACAACCAGGAAAUAGCCAGGUACAAGCAGCGCUUUCAGAAGUUUGACAAAGAUCGCAAAGGGUUCAUCACAACAGUUGAUCUCCAGCAAGUCCUAGAUAGUAUCAAUGUCCAAAUUGAUGGGAAUUCUCUCCAUGACAUUCUUAACGAGGUGGAUGUCAACAAAAAUGGACAGAUUGAAAUAGAUGAAUUCUUAAAGUUGAUGAGCGCCGUCAAGAAGGGCCAUGUGUCCGAUAGUCGCCUGGCCAUCUUGAUGAAAUCAGCCGAGGAAACACUGGAUAUGAGGGGACCUGUGACGGUGGACCGCAGCGGAGGUGGAGUCUGA